AGGAACUGGUGAUACUAGUACGUGCGGUUUCUACACGGACAAACUCGACAACGCACCACCGGAAAUAUAAUGACUUAGCGCUUUCUUGUACACAACAGUUGGCGGAAAUUCUCUAAAGGAACCGCGCAUUAGUUUUACGUCAUGAAAAGACGUAAAAUGGCCGAAUCCAGAACUCUUUAACAACGACUUUCUACUUUCGAAGCUCCGAUCUUUCCUGUGAAAAAGUAGACCGACGAUUACUGUCGACCAUGUUGUCUUUCUUGGGUUUGCGUAAAGACUCAAAGAAGCAAACGGAGAAGGAAGCUGAUGGCGGCUUUGUUAUCAUUGGAGAAACGGUGGAAGAGCAGAGGAGGAAGAUGCAGUCAAUGAAGAUCACACAACCUUCCACAAAUGUCAUCGUCUUGCCACCAAAGUCGUGUCCAGAUCACGUUUCUACGUCCACCGCCCCCCUGACACCUGCUGUGUCGUCUGUGGUGGAGGCCGCCUCACCUGUACCGGACCUCCUUGGAGACGUCCCCUUCACUUUGUCCCCAGGAGUCCAAGCCAUGCAGACGGCAUUGUCUUACAUUCCUGAUGUGCUGCUGUCCAAAGACAUGAACUCCAAACUGGCAUAUUUCCAUUAUGACUUCACUUUAGAAAAGGCAGUUCUUCAAAAUGCAUAAAUCUGACAUCAUUGGGUUGAUUAUCAUAUUUCGAUUGACAUUUUAUUGAUGCCGGACUCCCUUUUAUUGUUCACACCACAGGAAAUCAUAGUCCAUCUUGCAACAGUGUCAACUUCAGACGUGGUUAAUCUGCAUGUGCAAGAAACACUAAUAUUAUUUUUAGAACAAAUACAAAAAGACAUUCAGGCUCUACCUAAUCUAGUAUUCAUCUAUGCAUUACUGUACAUCAGAUGAAGUGACAGUCAAAUAGUCAACCAUGUCAUUGUCAUUACCUGCAGAUAAUAUACAAAAAAGUAUUUGAUCCCCUUACAAAAUAUGAACAGUGCAUCAUUUUUAUGAACAAUAAGACACCAUGCAAAUAAACACAUUAUAAAUGAUAUUUGUACUUUGGACAAAAGAAUGUAGUAUUUAACAGACCUCUACUUUUAUGAUGACUCACUAUCAUAUGAACACACCGUGCCUUUACACCAGGAGUCACCAACCUUUUUGAAAGCCAGAGCUACUUCUUGGGUAGUGAUUAAUGCGAAGGGCUACCAGUUUGAUACACACUUAAAAAAAUUGCCAGAAAUAGCCAAUUUGCUCAAUUUACCUUUAACUCUAUGUUAUUAUUAAUAAUGAAUGAUAUUUACUUUUAAUUGAACAGUUUAAAAGAGGAGAAAACACGAAAAAAAAUGACGAUUAAAUUUUGAAAUAUAGUUAAUCUUCAAUUUCGACUCUUUAAAAUUCCAAAUUCAACCGAAAAAAAGAAGAGAAAACUAGCUCAUUCGAAUUUUUUUUGAAUAAAUUUAAAAAAGAAUUUAUGAAACAUUAGUAAUUUUUCCUGAUUAAGAUUAAUUUUAUAAUUUUGAUGACAUGUUUUAAAUAGGUUGAAAUCCAAUCUGCACUUUGUUAGAAUAUAUAACAAAUUGGACCAAGCUAUAUUUCUAACAUAGACAAAUCAUUAUUUCUUCUAGAUUUUUCCAGAACAAAAAAUUUAAAAGAAAUUCAAAAGAGUUUGAAAUAAGAUUUAAAUUUGAUUCUACAGAUUUUCUAGUUUUGCCAGAAUAAUUUUUUUGAAUUUUAAUCAUAAUAAGUUUGAAGAAAUAUUUCACAAAUAUAAAACAGAAGCUAAAAUGAAGAAUUAAAUUAAAAUGUAUUUAUUAUUCUUUACAGUAAAAAAAAUAAAUUUACUUGAACAUUGAUUUAAAUUGUCAGGAAAGAAGAGGAAGGAAUUUAAAAGGUAAAAAGGUAUAUGUGUUUAAAAAUCCUAAAAUAAUUUUUAAGGUUGUAUUUUUUCUCUAAAAUUGCCUUUCUGAAAGUUAUAAGAAGCAAAGUAAAAAAAAUAAUGAAUUUAUUCAAACAAGUGAAGACCAAGUCUUUAAAAUAUUUUCUUGGAUUUUCAAAUUCUAUUUGAGUUUUGUCUCUCUUAGAAUUAAAAAUGUAGAGCAAAGCGAGACCAGCUUGCUAGUAAAUAAAUACAAUUUUAAAAAUAGAGGCAGCUCACUGGUAAGUGCUGCUAUUUGAGCUAUUUUUAGAACAGGCCAGCGGGCUACUCAUCUGGUCCUUACAGGCUACCUGGUGCCCGCGGGCACCACGUUGGUGACCCCUGCUUUACACUGUAAUGUUUGUGGACAGUUAUUAUUGAUAGGAAUAACGUUUGGUAAUCAACUGCAAUCUCCCUCAUUUAUGAUAUCAGUUCAGCUCCUUUUAGAAAAGUGUAUUGUUGUUUACAGUGGAAUAUACAUUUGCAUGCCACAUAGCCAAAGAUGAAUGACUUCCUGCCAAGGAGACACAUGACUUCCUGCCAAGGAGACACAUGACUUCCUGCCAAUAAGACACAUGACUUCCUGUUAAAAAUCUAGGUAGACUUCAUGCAUGCACAGAAUAUUAGGACUAUGGUUCAUGUUCUCUUGUGAAACUAACAAAUAAAAGAAAAACCCAAGACUCUGGAUAAAUGCUUGAUAAACACGACAGAGUGUAACGGGCCUGAGAUAGAAAUCAUUUAGUUCUCUGAGAUGGCAGAAAGCUUAAAAAACUACAAAAGUUGCAGUGCUGAUCUCUGCCUGUAGGAGUCACAAAUCGUAAUGACGGUUGAACUAUAAAAAACAUUAAAAUUACCCAUUUAUUUGGUAGAAUUGACCCAGCAUUGCAGUUAAAAUGACCCACCAUUUGGAUGAAAUAUAUAUAACCAAUUUAUUUGGUAGCAUUAACCCAACAUUUGAGUUAAAAUGACCCAACAUUUGGAUUGAAUAUAUAACCCAUUUGUUUGGUAGAUUUAACCCAGAAUUGUAGUUACAAUGACCCAGUAUUUGGUUUGAAAAUAUAACCCAUUUAUUUGGAAUUUAUUACAUUUUACAUAUUUAUUACAGAAUUGUAACUUAAAAGGGUUGGCUGAAAAAGCUAUUAAGGUAUGACGCAAUCGGCGCCCAUGUUAACUACGGAACCGUAACUUAAAAGGGUUGUCUGAACAGCUAUUAAGGUACGACGCAAUUGGCGCCCAUGUUGACUACAGAACCGUAACUUAAAAGGGUUGGCUGAACAGCUAUUAAGCUUGAACAGCUAUUAAGGUAUGACGCAAUUGGAGCCCAUGUUAACUACAGAACCGUAA